AGCUACCUGGUUUGUGACGCUGACGGGGCGCAUCUGUGACUAAAGAUCCCGUCUCUGAACUUCAAGACAUCGGGAUUCUCUCUCUUUCUUUUUUUUUUUAGUUGCUUAAUGUUUUAUUAAUGAGAGGAAAAAAGUCGGGAGGUUUUAUUUUCUGUGGAUGAAUAAUUAACCUGACAACCUAAGCCAUUGAGGAGCAAUGAUAUGAGAAGCUGAGCCACGGAUCGCCGUGCCCCUCCACCAUUGGUCGAGAAAUAUAUAUAUAUAUUCAUAUAUAUAUAUAUAACCCCCACAAAACUGCAGGUGUUUUGUUUUAGUUUGUCUUUUAGCAUUUUUUUCGGCAUUUGAACUGGACAUAGUGGACUGUAAUCAUGCUGGGAGCGGAGAGCAGAGUGGAAAGCCGGCUAAAGAAGCUGGAGUCCAUGGUGAAGAGUCCACUGUCGUCGCUUAACUUAUCAACGCUACUGGAUUCCAUGAAUGCCUUAGCUCUUGAUCUCAACUAUCCAGUCCUGCGAAAGAACAAGAACAUUGAGGCCUUUUUGAACAGAUAUGAGAAGCUGGUGAAUGAACUGCAAGAGCUGCAGGUGAAGCUUGACGACUUUCAAAAAGUGAAGUUGAUCGGGAGAGGAGCCUAUGGUGAAGUGCAGCUGGUCCGUCACAAGGCAUCGAAGAAGGUUUACGCCAUGAAGCAGCUCAGCAAGUUUGAAAUGAUCAAAAGGUCGGACUCGGCCUUCUUUUGGGAGGAGAGACACAUCAUGGCGUUUUCCAACAGUCCCUGGAUUGUUCAGCUUUGCUGCGCUUUCCAAGAUGAUCUGAACCUCUACAUGGUGAUGGAGUUUAUGCCUGGCGGAGAUGUGGUCAAUCUCACCAUAAACUACGACAUCCCCGAGAAGUGGGCUCGCUUCUACAUAGCUGAGUUGGUCCUGGCACUGGAUGCCAUCCACUCUAUGGGUUUCAUCCACCGCGACAUUAAACCAGACAACAUGCUGCUGGACCAGCACGGACACCUCAAACUAGCCGACUUUGGCACCUGCAUGAGGAUGAACUCGUCUGGUAUGGUGCACUGUGAGACAGCUGUGGGCACACCAGACUACAUCUCUCCUGAGGUGCUUCAGUCUCAAGGCGGUGAUGGGACCUAUGGUCGGGAAUGUGACUGGUGGUCUGUUGGAGUUUCUCUGUAUGAAUUGCUUGUUGGCGAAACUCCGUUCUAUGCCGAGUCUCUCAUCGGAACGUAUGGGAAGAUCAUGAACCACCAUAACGCUCUGGUCUUUCCGGAAGAUGUGGAGAUGUCUCAGAAUGCCAAAGAUCUCAUAAGCGCCUUUCUCACUGACAGGAAGGUUCGACUGGGCCGCACCGGAGUGGAUGAGAUCAAACGUCACUCCUUCUUCAAGGACGACCAGUGGACCUUUGACAACAUCCGUGACACUGUGGCUCCAGUGGUUCCAGAGCUGAACAGCGACAUAGACACCAGUAACUUUGAUGAAAUAGAGGUGGAAAAGGGAACUGCUGAGACUUUUCCUCCUCCCAGAGCGUUUGCGGGCAACCAGCUACCAUUUAUCGGCUUCACUUAUUUCAAGGAGGAUCAGCUCCUGAGCGGAACAGGCAGCAGCCUUGAGGAGGAUUCAGACGACUGUAAGGAAAACUGUAAGGAUACAGAAAAUUCUGCGGAUAGCAAAAAAGACCUGCAGAAAAAGGUUAAGCAGCUGGAGGAGCAGCUCGAUCAUGAGAUGCAGGCCAAAGAUGAACUGGAGCAGAAGUGCAGAAAUGCCACCAAUCGUUUAGACAAGCUGGUCAAUGAACUGGAUAAGGAGAUGAACAGUCGGCAGAAAGUAGAAGCUUCCAUGAGGCAGCUGGAGCGAGAGCGAGCCCUGCUGCAGCACCAGAGUGCAGAGAACCUCCGCAAGGUGGAGAUGGAGGCAGACAGGAAGCGCAUCCUGGAAAACGAAUUAAACAACUUGAGGGACCAAUUGGAGGACCUAAAGAAGAGGAACCAACACUCACAAAUAGCUAAUGAGAAAAACAUCCAGCUGCAAAAGCAGCUCGUUGAGGCCAAUGAUGCCCUGCAGGCUGAGCAGGAGGCGGUGGCUCGGCUGAAGAGGAGCCAGGCGGAGGCACAGAAACAAGCCCAAAGCCUCGAAGUCAGCCUCAGGGAGAUGGAGAAAAAGUGCAGCGGACUGGAAGAGAGCAAGGCGGAGCAGGAGAAGCAGAUGAGGGGGCUGCAAGUUGAGCUGGAGGAGGAGAGGAGAGAACAAUUCCUCAGGACGGAGACCCUCGCUGACCUGCAGGGAACAAUUUCACGCCUAGAAGACGAAGUGAAGGAGGUGAAAUCUUCUCUUUCCAAAGUCAACAGUGAAAAAACGGAACUACUGACAAAGCUAAAUAUUCUCGAAAAGGAAAAAAACAACCAAGCCAUUGACCUAAUGUUCCAGCUCAAGUCGCUCCAGCAGAGUCUGGAGCAGGAGGAGGCAGAACAUAAGGCUACUAAAGCUAAACUCGCAGAUAAAAGGGAAACCUACAAAUCCAUCGAGGAGACCAAAUCUGAGGCCUUAAAAGGGAUGGAGAGCACCUUGCAGGAGGAGCGCAACUUGAAGCUGCAGGUGGAAGAACAACUGCUGCAACUAAGGAAGGAGCACUCCAUGCUAGACUGUGAUCACAAGCAAGCAGAACAAAAGCUGGAGGAGUUGCAGGCACAAAAGGAGAAACUUUCUGAAGAGGUGAUGGACCUCACCCUCCGCCUGGAGCAGGAGACCCGCAAGCGAAGUCUGAGCCAAUCCGAUCUGAAAGCGCAGAAACAGCAGGUGUCGGCGCUCACCUCCUCGGAGAAACAGCUCAAACAGAAACUCAACCAACUGCUGGACAUGAAGCAGAGCCUGGAGAAGCAGAACCUGGAGCUACAGAGGGAAAAGCAAGAGGCUGAUGGCCAGCUGAAGGAACUGAAGGACCAGCUGGAGGCAGAGCAGUAUUUCACAACCCUUUACAAGACACAGAUUCGUGAGCUGAAGGAUGAAUGCAAUGAGAAGAAUAAGAUGUAUAAAGAGGUGCUGCAGCAGCUGGCAGAAUACCAGGAGGAAAGGGAUUCUCUGGCAACACAGCUGGAAAGCAGUUUGACCAAAGCGGAUUCUGAACAACUGGCUCGCUCCAUCGCCGAGGAGCAAUACUCGCUACUGGAGAAGGAGAAGAUCAUGAAGGAGCUGGAGAUCAAGGACAUGAUGGCGAGACACAAACAGGAGUUGAGUGAGAAGGAGGCCACCAUCGGCUCGCUGGAGGAGUCCAACCGAACUUUGACAGUGGAUGUGGCCAACCUGGCCAGUGAGAAAGAAGAGCUGAACAACCAGCUCAAAGACCUGCAGCAAGAACUGCAAAAAGCCAAAGAGUUGAAGAAGGAGCUGGAUAAUCUAAAAGUGUCUUUUGAAAGACAAGUACAGACUGAAAGGACUCUGAAAAUUCAGGCUGUGAACAAGCUGGCCGAGGUGAUGAACCAGAAGCAAAAGGGGCGAGGGGGCGGCCGAGCUGUCGACUCCGAGGUGCACAAGAAGGAGAAGGAGAACAGGAAGCUGCAGCUGGAGCUGAAAACAGAGAGGCAGAACCUUAACAGCAUCAUCUUCAAACACCAGAAGGAGCUGGAUGACAUGCAGGCGAUGAUGGUCGAAGAGACCCACAUGCGCCAGGAGCUGCAGAUGGCUUUGGACAGUAAAGACAGCGACAUCGAGCGGCUUCGGUGUCAGAUCACGUCCCUUAGUGUUCACUCUCUGGACUCCACCAGCAUCAGCAGCAUCAAUGAUUUGGAAAUGGGGGACGGAUUCCCAGAUUCCAGGCUGGAGGACUGGAUCUCACUUCCUUCCAAGAACACAAAGCGAUUUGGCUGGGACAAAAAAUAUGUGGUCGUAAGCAGUAAGAAAAUCUUGUUUUACAACAGUCAAUUGGACCAAGAACAAGCUAACCCGUUCAUGACCCUGGACAUUGAAAAGCUGUUCCACGUUCGACCCAUCACUCAAACUGACUGUUACCGAGCAGACGUCAAAGAAAUCCCUAGAAUAUUCCAGAUCUUGUAUGCCAAGGAGGGCGAGAGCAAACGCAACCAAGAGACCGUGGAGGAGCCCGCACCUUGUGAACGUUCCAAUUACAUCCUGCACAAAGGUCAUGAGUUCAUCACCACCCUGUACCACUUGCCCUGCAGCUGUGAGGCUUGCGUGCGACCCCUGUGGAAUGUCUUCAAGCCUCCGGCGGCCCUUGAGUGCCGCUGCUGCCAUACAAAGUACCACAAAGACCAUCUGGAGAAGAAAGAAGAUGUUAUUCCUCCAUGCAAAGUGAACUACGACAUGUCCACUGCCAAAGAGCUGCUACUGCUGACCAGCUCCCAGACGGAACAGCAGCGUUGGGUCAAUCACCUCAUCAAGCGCAUCCCGAAGAAAAACCCAACACUAAGUCCUCCGCCGGUAGCACGGAACAGCCCAACUGAAUCCCUGCCAUACUCCUCUCCUCACAUGUCGCCGGAGUCUUCCCCCAAGGACUCUCCUCGCCUGUCCCACCGCCGUGCCAUGAAAAUCCCGUCCACCAGACAGCCACAGACGUCCGACAAGUCCAGCACUGGCCCUAUGCUCCGCAUCAUCCUCCACUGACCCCUGAACUCCUCACCUUUGACCCCACAUUUCUAAAAUCUCUCCCACUUGGAGACUUUAAUCCCGGCUGUGUUUUCAUCCGCGUGGAUUGUCUGGACCCAGUUGCCUGCAUGUGAAAAGUACAGAAAAAAAAAAACCUGAAAAUAGUAGCAAAACACAUGACAGAGAUUCAGAUUAGCUGACUGUUGUCAUGAGAACUGGGAUGCUUUUUGUCAUUUUUGAUGAGGGGAAACUCAACCACAUCUUCAUAAUGAGACUGCUUUUUUAUAUUCACCGAUGGACUCAUUCAAAAUCGUUUGAAAUGUUCUGCUUCUUUAUGAACACUAAAAGCAGAGCUGACAUUACAUGAUUGUUACAUUUUUAUGGGUAUUGUAGUGGCACAUUAUACAGGGCGUCCUGUAAAUGUAUGAACAGAGUUUUAGAGAGGGAGGACUUACCCUUUUGAGCUUUAAUGUCCUGGACUUGUUUUAUCACACUAAAUAUAGCCAUCACAGUUUUACGGAAUAAUGUGAAAUGUAUUUCUUCUUUUAGUUCAAUAUUCAGGACAUUAAAAGGAAAACAUACAACGUA